GUUCCCAAGGCCUCCAUCAGCUCAGGGGCCUGGCAGCUGUUGGGGCAGAGGAGUGGGAGCAGGUGAGGCAAUGCCGGGCUGGGUGCUGAGACUCCAAGCAGAGAGCAAGCAGGGGUUGGAGGAAGAGGAUGUAAUAGAACUCGGAAGUGUUGAGUUUGAGGUGCCUGGAGAUCAGCCAGGGUGGGAGUUCAGUUGUUCAGAGAAAGACCCAAGGAAGCUUUAUAAGCACCUGUUAGUACCCAGAGGUCUGGGAUACUCAGAACUGAGGGGGGGGGUAUUGGAGGUCUCAGGAGUCACUGGUAUGGAUGUCAUGGAAAAGUCAGAAGGCAGACAGGUGGGCUGGGUAGUAGGAGUUGAGGGGGGUGUCUUGCAGGUAUCAGGGGCUGGGCCAGAGAGGUCUGGGAAGGGUAUGAAUCCAGGCCUAGGUGAGAUCCAAGGCACUGGGAGAGACUUAGAGGUUGGAGAGGGGGUGCCUCUGCUCUAUACCCAGGGAGGGCAGGGCAAGUGCAGCUGGAGCCAUCCCAGCCUGCACUCCACCUACAGCUGUCCAGGAACUGUCCAGCACCAGGUGCUCCUGAAGGAGGAUGGGCUUCUCUCCUAAGCCCCCAGGCCCCGGCAUAGCUCAUUGUCCUGGGCCCCACUGCCUGCUCAUCUGACUUCUAUUUCCUCCAGGGCCCAGCUCUGGACUCCCCGGCCCUCCAGCCUGUCAGCAUGCCCCUUCUCAGUUUGGGCAUCUCCUUUCCUUUUCCUGAGGUGGGGCCUGGGUGCCCCCCCCACCCGAAUGCUCUCAGAGGAGAGCUCCCCAGGGACAGGGCCCUGUUUUGAGUAGCGCAUGCUGCAGAAAGGGACAGAUGUGAACUCGGCUCCACCCUUCCCUCUCGCCCAUUCUAUGGUGCUGAACCCCCCAGCAUGUCUCCUGGCACACAGUGGGAAGCCAGUGCAAAUCCAGUGAAUGAUAGGUCAGUCACUGCCCUUGCCAGGACCCUCUUUACUCAUCUGUACAAUGGGCAAAUCCUCUCUUGGCAGGGAAGAUGUGAGGGGAGAAGGGUCUGAAACAGGGACAUAGCUCAACUGGAUGUGGGUUCUCGGAAAAGACCUUGGCCACACUGUGGAGCCUGGAUUUGUUGGGGGUUGGCGGGGACAGUGGGAAACAGGGAGGCCAGGGAGGAGCCAUCUGCUCAGAGCAGUGAGAGGACAAGAGGAAUGGAGGCAGAACAUUCAUGAAAUAGAAGCAAAGCUUUGAUUCCUUAACCAAUUACCUAAGGACUUUUGUUUGUUUGUUUAAGAUUUUAUUUGUGCGCAGUCUCUACACCUAACAUGGGGCUCAGACUCACAACCCCGAGAUCUAGAGUUGCAGGCUCUUCUGACUGAGCCAGCCAGGCGCCCCGCGGUCUCAGGCUGUUAACCUUCUCCACCGUCCCACAUGUCAAAUGACCAGAUGUGCAGGUGGGAGCACAGGCAGGCAGUGGGGCCUCUGGGAUGGGAGCAGCUGUGGGGCCCCCAAGGACCGGGGGUCUGCAGGUCCCAGAGCCAGCAGGGCUUGUCCAGAUCGGGGGCAUCCGUGAAAGCCCAGGGGCUCACCAGAAGGGCUUCCGCCCUCCCUCAGUUGGCACAGGCUGGCUGUGUGUGAAAGGCAUGGGGGGGGGGGCCUGAGCCCAGAGCUGCUCCAGCUCUUGAUGGCCGCCCCCCAACGCUGCUCCUCAGCAUGGGCCUCGGACCAUGAAGCAGUCCGUGUGGGAGGCAGGACGGUCCCCUUCCCUGCUAGAGACACUGCUGGUCCAAAAGGCCGGGCCCACCUGAGCCCCCUUCCCCCCAACCCCCUGCGACCCAUACAGGGCAGGAGCCCCCAGGGCUCUUACUCUGCACCUGUCCCUGUCACCAGCCAGAGCGCCCUCCUCCCACACCCACUCGGCAGCAAAGUCCUAGCAGGUUCAAGGUUGUUAAGACCAGAAAUGAUGCCCACUUGGGCCUCCUCUGGGGUCAUGGGGUGAGCAGUUAUUCUGUGUGAGAGGCUUGGGGAAUUCCAGCCACACCUCACUUGCGGGAGGCCUUGGUUCAGAGCCUGCCCUGGGGGGACGUGCUGGGGGCGGGUACUAGACUAGAGAGCCAACACGCAAGUACCCAACAGUGACACAGGGAAUGUGCUCUGUGUACUCUGUGUCUCCAUCCGCGGGGGAAACUCCAGCAGCCAGCCCGUAGGCGGAAGGCACUCCUGGAGGAAGGACUAGCCCAGAUGUGGUCUGUGUCCUGUGGGGGCUGGAGGGGACCACCCCACAGAGGACAGAAGGAGCGUUCGUGGUCAAGGGUGGGGUUGGGUUGGCCAGGCCAGGUCCAUCCUGAGAAGCCUGGAGGACAGGACAUCGGUGGGCAUGGUUGAGGCUGAGGGAGGCCUUGUCUUCUCUUCUUGUGUUGGGGGGCCCUAGGCAGAGACCACAGUUUCCCCAUCAUGAAUGGUUCUUGGGGGGUCACUGCCCACCCCAGCACAGAACAGAGCACCCUCAGUUCUGACCCUCACCAGCCCUUUUGGCUCUUGGCUGUCUGGGUGUUCCCCUGAGCACGGAGCUGAGCGAGGGGGCAGGAGAAGGGUCAAGGUCCUUGGUGCUGGAUGAGCUUACCCAGGGGCAGCCCCCCAGGACAGCUUUUUGGGGUGCUGAGUGGCUAGCUUGCCCUGCAGGGCCUCCUUCCCUUCCCUGGGGGCAGAUCGUCUCCUGUGGUGGUAGAAGCUCCCGCUGGGGUUCCCGCACACAAGGCCCCGAGGCCCCUGCAGGCUGUGGGCCAGGCUGGUGCCUCCUGCCCCCUCAGGCCUCUGCCCACUGCGGGUUGGAUCGAUGGGUCAUCGGCCCAUUAGCGGGGGAGGCUAGGCUGCCUCAUCAAUAUUUUAAGGAAUGACCUGGCCGUGGGGUCCGGAACUGCCUGUGGCAGGGGCUGAUGAUUGGCCUUCUUUUUUGUAUUCCAGUUGCGAGUGCUAUUUUUACCACCAGAAGGCCAGCCGCCCCCUCUCCCAGGCCUCUAACCGGGUGUGUGUGUGGGGGGUGGUCUCCCAUCUGGGUUCCUGGCCGCGGGGUUAGGAGAAUCCUUGGCUUGGAAAGGUGACAGGCAAGGACUUGAUUAGGCUUCCCCCAUCUCGCCUCCCGGACGCUCCCUCCCAUCAUGCGCCGGCCCUGGUGAAAUGGGAACAAAAAAAAACAGGAGCCAGGUAGGCCAGCGGAGCCUCGAAACCCGCGGGGUGAUGCAUCAGGGGAGGGCGGUCUGUCCACGUGGGCACCGUUUGUCUCCCACCCCUGUCUUCACAGAAGAAGCCUGAAGAUGAGAGACAACCCCUGCCCGUCCCUGGUCCCAGGGGGGUGACAGUGGGGCCCCAGUCGUCAGCGUCCAAGGGCCAUGACAGCCCCAGGCCUUGGAGGCCACUGCUCAGCACCCCGUUUCACUGAUGGGGAGCCAAGGCCUGAGGAGACGCAGGGCCUGGCCUGAGACGGCGAGCCCACUGUUGCCCAGUCUGGCGCCAUCCCGCACUGACUCAGCAAGUCUCUUCUGGCUCCCCGGGGCCAUAGGCGGAGGAACUGGGACCCUGCCCACAGAAGCAAGAGGGCCAAGGACCACUGGGGCCAUGGGAGCUCAGGGAGGGAGGGCCAGUGUAGGGGGGCUUCCUGGAAGAAAAGGUUUUACGCAGUCUAAGUGCCAAGGAGAAUUUGAGUAGUCAGUAGAGUGAGGACGGCCAUCCGGGCAGAGCCAAAGACCUAGGGGGGUCCCCAAGGCGCCGCUGGAGGAGGAUUCAUCCAUGAACCUUCCAGGCCAACCAGACGGCAGGGGCCGGGGUGAAUUCGGCCGCCCUGCUCCUAGUACCUCUGGGAUCCCCUCCGCCCUGAGGUUCUGCUUUUCCCACAUCUGGGUCUGGUCACCUGCAGAAUGGGGGAGGGCCCUGUCUCAUUAAUUGGGUAACACACCGGCUGGUCCCUAGAGAGGGCUGGAAAAGCCUCCUGGCUUCACCACCCAGAGGUUGGUGGGGGGGUCCGGCUCUGCCCGUGGCCGCACAUGGAUUAUAACGGUGCUGUCCUUCCAGGGAGGAGUAGCCCUCCUCGCUAUUUUAAAGUGAGGAAGCAGGCUCAGAGGUGGGAGUUGUGGUCAGCGUCACUCACCCAGAGGGUAGUGGGGCUGUCGGGCCUUGAACCCAGGUCAGCCCAGAUCCCUGCACUUGGUCUCAUCCCCAGUUUUGGCUCCAAGGGCAGUUGGGUUGGGGCUGAGCCCUCUUCUGUGGCCGGCGGCCUCCCCUUCACAGAAAGUCACUUUCUGUGCAGGGCUCCCUGCUGGCCCUGCUGCUUUAACUUUGACCUCUGGAGGCUCAACCCCUGUCCUUUCCGUGUAGCCCCUCCAGCUAGACCCAGGGGACACUGAGGGCUGCUGGGCUUCAGGCCUACUAGGUUCCUGGCCAGCCAGCAAGGGUGGGUAGGGGAAGUCAAGGCAGGCCUAACCUCCCAGUGCCUCCCAGGCCAGUCCCUACCCAGGGCAUGGCCAUAACCACCAUAUCCGUGGCAAGUUCUCUGAGUCCCACCCCUAGCUCCUGUGAGGACUAGCUGGGACGCACGCUGUGAGAGCCUCCCCCCAGGGCCCUGUCCCUCUGCUCUGCCCCUUCAUCCCGCAGGAAGAAUGAGGAGGACCAGGCAUUGAUGUGCAAAUAUGCCCACUGGGACUGCUUUCCUCCCCGCCUGCCCCCGCACCUCCUCCCAGCCCCAGGUGGGGCAGAUGGGUGUUCACACUGGGAGUUGGCUUCCCAGGCUGCUGUGUCACCCAGUCCGAGCCUCCUGGCGGAACGGGGAGGAAAGGAACUGGCUUAGCUGCAGGGCUUUCUCCCCACUCCCACCGCCAAAAUGUGCCCCCUCAGCAAGUCAGGACAAGGCCUUGGCUCUCCACCUUCCCUAGAGGCCUCGGUGGUGGUGGUGGCAGGUGCAUUCCCACCUCCACCCUCAUUCCUGGCAUACGCCUCGUGCCUGCCUUCUGCCCCCAAGGAGUGUCUAUGCCACAUGGGGAGACAGACAUGGGAACAGACACCUGGAGCACCCGGUAAUUGGCACCUUGCUAGAGGGGCUUCUGGGAGGGGACUGUUGGAGCUUGGAGGAGACACUCAUGCCACAUAGUGGGGGGAGGCAGGGGGGAGGUCAGGGAAGGCUUCCUAGAGGAAGUGGCCCCUGGAUUCAUUAUUGAAGGAUGAGUAGGAGUUAGCCAGAUGAAGGAAGGAAGACGAGCAGGCCCCAUUCUCCCCCAAUCCCACCCACUAUGUCCUGAAAGUCUGCUUCCCAGUUACCGUUCAUCCCUGCAGUAAGGUCAGUCUUCGUCCGCUUCCCUCUUCACUGUCAUAAAGGCCAACGCAGAGCCCCCCUCCUCCAGGAAACCUUCCUAACUCCCAGCCACCCUCUUUCUCAGGCCCGGAUAGGAGUCUCUGAGCCGGUUUGGGAAAACUGUCCUCUGUGCUAAGUAGCCUCAUCAAGUGGCCUGUUUCCUGCCUGGGGCUGUCCUGUGGUUAUUGACUACAGAUCAAUGGCCGAGGUUGCCCCGAGGUGAGCGGGAGUUCCCACGGUGCUGUAUGGCCCAGAGGCCCCGCAGAUGAUCUCGUAGAAGUGGGGCAGCUAUUUUUUACCAGGCAUUUAAUUACAGAGUUUGGAUCCCAGAGGAGAGAUGAGCUGGUGCUCCCAGGAGCUCUGAGGGAAGGGCCAUGCUGGGAAAUGUGGGGAUCCUGGGAGGACAGGUGAGGGCAUGACCUUCUGUCUCAGUUCCCCUAACACCAGGCUGACCCCCUCAGACAGGGACUCCCCAAGGCAGGGCAGGACCUCAUCACCCCACUGGUAAUUUUCACCCUGGCCUAGGGACAGGGGUGGAAUAUAUAAACACAGCGGGCUGGACCUGUGCCCCCAGGAGCGGUGGCCACCUUGGGGGACAAGGAGGCAAGGCCCCCAAAUGCCUGGGCACACCAGUAGUUUGGCGAGCCAGAGUAAUAUAGGCUGGAUGGACCUGGGAACAGGAGCGAGCUGGAGUCCCUACAUCGGAACCUCUUCAGGAAAGCCAGCCGCAGGGGGCUGCGAUGGGACGGGAGCCAUGAAUGGUGCCGCCCCCGGCCCCGCCGCCGCCGCCGCCCCCGCCCCGGUCCCCGACUGGCGGCAGUUCUGCGAGCUGCACGCGCAGGCGGCCGCCGUGGACUUCGCGCACAAGUUCUGCCGCUUUCUGCGGGACAACCCGGCCUACGACACGCCCGACGCCGGGGCCUCCUUCUCCCGCCACUUCGCCGCCAACUUCCUGGACGUCUUCGGGGAGGAGGUGCGCCGCGUGCUGGUGGCCGGGCCGGCGCCUCGGGGGGCAGCUGAGCCCCCCGACGCCAUGGAGCCCGAGAUGUCGGGGCCCACGGCACUCAAGGCGGCGGCCUACGGCCACUCGCGGAGCUCGGAGGACGUGUCCGCGCAGGCGGCGGCCAAGGCCCGCGUCCGCAAGGGCUUCUCGCUGCGCAACAUGAGCCUGUGCGUGGUGGACGGCGUGCGCGACAUGUGGCACCGGCGCGCCUCGCCCGAGCCCGACGCGGGCACCGCCCCGCGGGCCGCCGAGCCCCCCGCCGAGCCGCGCGACAAGUGGACGCGGCGCCUGCGGCUGUCGCGGACGCUGGCGGCCAAGGUGGAGCUGGUGGACAUCCAGCGCGAGGGCGCGCUGCGCUUCAUGGUGGCCGAUGACGCGGCCGCGGGCCCGGGCGGCACGGCCCAGUGGCAGAAGUGUCGCCUGCUCCUGCGCAGGGCGGUGGCCGGCGAGCGCUUCCGGCUCGAGUUCUUCGUGCCACCCAAGGCCUCCAGGCCCAAGGUCAGCAUCCCUCUCUCGGCCAUCAUCGAGGUCCGCACGACGAUGCCCCUGGAGAUGCCAGAAAAAGACAAUACGUUUGUGCUCAAGGUUGAGAAUGGAGCUGAGUAUAUCCUGGAGACCAUUGACUCACUGCAGAAGCACUCAUGGGUGGCUGAUAUCCAGGGCUGCGUGGACCCCGGGGACAGUGAGGAAGACACUGAGCUGUCCUGCACCCGGGGAGGCUGCCUGGCCAGCCGAGUGGCCUCCUGCAGCUGUGAGCUGCUGACGGAUGCAGGGGACCUGCCGCGGCCCCCAGAGACAACAGCAGCCGUGGUGACAGCUCCACACAGCAGAGCCCGAGAUGGCGUCGGGGAGUCCCUGGUCCAUGUCCCGCUGGAGACCUUCCUGGAGACACUGGAGUCCUCGGGUGGCGGCGGCCAGGACAGCAAUAAUACAGGGGAGGAGGGAGCGGAGCCGGAGCCGGAGGCUGAGCCUGAGCUGGAGCUCUCCGACUACCCCUGGUUCCACGGGACGUUGUCACGGGUCAGGGCAGCUCAGCUGGUGCUUGCCGGCGGGCCCCGGAGCCACGGCCUCUUCGUGAUCCGCCAGAGUGAGACUCGGCCUGGGGAGUACGUGCUGACCUUCAACUUCCAGGGCAAGGCCAAGCACCUGCGCCUGUCCUUGAAUAGCCACGGGCAAUGCCACGUACAGCACCUGUGGUUCCAGUCCGUGCUCGACAUGCUGCGCCACUUCCACACCCACCCGAUCCCACUGGAGUCCGGGGGCUCUGCAGAUAUCACCCUCCGCAGCUACGUGCGGGCCCAGGGCCCCCCACCCGCCCCGGGGCCCUCGGCCAGCGCCGCGCCCGCGCCCCCCGCCUGCUGGAGCGAGCCGGCCGGCCAGCACUACUUCUCCAGCCUGGCGGCGGCCGCCUGCCCACCCGCCUCACCGUCGGAGGCGGGCGGCGCCUCGUCCUCGUCCGCCUCGUCGUCCUCGGCCGCGUCCGCGCCCGCCGCCCCGCGCCCCGCCGACGGCCCGCUGAGCGCGCGCAGCCGCAACAACAGCGCCGAGCGCCUCCUGGAGGCGGGGGGCGGCGGCGCCGACGAGCCCCCGGAGGCCGCGCCGGCCGAGGGAGCGCGGGGCCACACGCGCGCCGUCGAGAACCAGUAUUCCUUCUACUAGCCCCGCGCUGCGCGGCGGCGCCAAGGGCCUGGGGCCACCCGGCCCCGCCGCCCCGUGCCCGUCCAUCCGGCCGUCCAGCGGACCCGGCCGGCCCCAGCCUGGCGCUGGGUGAGAAAAGCGAAGCUCUUCAGUGAAGACAUAAAUGUUAUUAAAGAGCCUGUUUUAGGGACUGCA